AUGAUUGCAGCUCUAGAAUCGGUCACUAAUCAGACGGAAGCGACCGAUGAGACGGAAAACCUUAUCCGACACCAGCUAUCAUACCUCCUUGCGGCUCAUCAACCGCGUAAAGUGCUCCCCAUGGUCGAACGCGCUGCACUUAGAGCCCUCAAGGCCGACCGGGACAUCAUCAUCGUGCCAGCCAACAAGGGACGUUCCACAAUCGUAUUGGACGGAAAAGACCCUUCGUAUCACUGA